AUGAAUGAACAAGAUGAAGCCAUUUGCAAGUUUAUUUUUUCGAAAUUGAUGCAGUCUAGCCUUGUACAAAUAUUUUGGGAGACGCCUGUUGAUGUUUCUUCUCCAGGGAAUACUCAUCCGAUUUUACUUAGCCAAAUUCACUACAAACUCGAACAUAAACUAUACAAAAGUUCGGUACUUUUCUUAAAAAACAUUAGAAUGUUUAUAGAUAACUCCAUUGAUGUUUCUCAACCCGGAACACUUCGUUAUGCGGCAGCUCUUCAGAUUAAAAUCGAUUUUGAAAAGAUAUUAGCAAGCUUAGAUUCACCUCUUUAUAAUACUACUUUGGCUCUUUUAUCAUCAUGUGAGGAAUAUGAAGAAAGUGGAACAAUUCCGGAACGAAAAACAAUCGAAACAGAAAUUGCAGGCAAAAAAUUAGGAACCCGAUAUUUCUUAGCUAGUUCCCAUCAAGAAACAGACUAUAAUAAGCUCUUAAAGGAUAUUAAAAUUUGCUAUACUUCAGGCUUAGCAACAAGAGUGGCUGCAUUUAUUAAAAGAUUACAACCCGAUAAAGUUGUUGUCGGUCAAAGCAUAUAUUUAAUGACGAAAAACCUUUCUAACGAAGAUGUUCAAAAAUUACAAGAAUACAUUACGAAAUUACUUCAAGAAGUUGCAGCUGGUAGGAUAGAUCCUUACAAUCGUCCUUUUGGUCAGAAAAUAUCCCCAGUUGAUGUCAAAAUUCAUGAUUAA